AUGAAGACUUUUGCGCUGAUCUCGAUUGCUCUGGGUCUGCCCGCCGUAAUCGCUGUCCCCGGCGGGCUCAAUCCCGAUGAUAUCACAUUCGCAGGUGUGCAACGAGCCCUCCCCAAUGCGCCCGACGGGUACGUGCCGACAUCAGUCAGCUGCCCAGCAAGCCGACCGACAAUUCGCAGCGCAGCGGAGCUGUCCUCGAACGAGACAUCAUGGCUAAAAGUUCGCCGCGGCAAGACCCUGUCGGCGAUGAAGGAUUUCUUCGGGCAUGUGAAAGUCGGCGAUUAUGACGUCGGUGCCUACCUCGAUACACACUCCGGGAACUCGUCAAAUCUGCCCAAUAUCGGCAUUGCCGUUUCAGGCGGUGGAUGGCGUGCGUUGAUGAACGGUGCCGGUGCGGUCAAGGCUUUCGACAGCAGGACGUACAAUGCGUCGGCGACUGGGCAUUUGGGUGGUCUGCUGCAGUCUGCUACGUAUAUUUCUGGCCUGAGUGGAGGCAGCUGGUUGCUGGGUUCAAUCUAUAUCAAUAACUUCACUACGAUCGACAAGCUGCAGACGCACGAGGAUGGUUCCAUCUGGCAGUUUGGGAACUCGAUCAUCGAGGGUCCUGAUGCUGGUGGUAUUCAGCUUCUGGAUUCUGCCAGUUAUUACAAGGAUCUUGCUGAGGCUGUCGACGGGAAGAAGAAGGCUGGCUUCGAUACUUCUCUCACCGAUAUCUGGGGCCGCGCACUCUCCUAUCAAAUGUUCAAUGCUAGCAAUGGUGGACUCAGCUACACCUGGUCUUCCAUCGCUGACACCCCCGAGUUCCAGGAUGGAGACUACCCCAUGCCGUUUGUUGUUGCAGAUGGCCGUAACCCGGGUGAGCUGGUCAUUGGCAGCAAUUCGACCGUCUAUGAGUUCAACCCGUGGGAGUUCGGCACUUUUGACCCUACUAUCUAUGGUUUCGUUCCCCUCGAGUACCUGGGCUCUAAGUUCGAGGCUGGCUCGCUUCCGAGCAACGAGAGCUGCAUUCGCGGUUUCGACAGUGCUGGUUUUGUGAUCGGAACCUCCUCUACACUCUUCAACCAGUUCCUUCUCCAGAUCAACACCACUUCACUCCCCAGCUUCAUAAAGGAUGUUUUCAACAACGUCUUGUUCGAUCUGGACAAAGCGCAAAACGACAUCGCUUCGUACGAUCCCAACCCCUUCUAUAAAUACAACGAGCACUCGUCGCCGUACGCUACGCAAAAAUUGUUGGAUGUCGUCGAUGGCGGCGAGGAUGGACAGAACGUCCCUUUGCACCCUCUUAUCCAGCCCGAGCGCCAUGUCGAUGUCAUCUUCGCCGUUGACUCUUCAGCCGACACCGACUACUUCUGGCCAAAUGGCACCUCCCUGGUUGCAACCUACGAGCGCAGCCUGAACAGCAGCGGUAUCGCCAAUGGCACCGCCUUCCCUGCAGUCCCAGACCAGAAUACUUUCAUUAACCUGGGUCUCAGCACCCGCCCGUCCUUCUUUGGCUGUGAUAGUUCCAACCAGACCGGACCCUCGCCUCUCGUUGUGUACAUCCCCAAUGCCCCUUACUCCUACCACUCCAACAUCUCUACCUUCCAAAUGAGCACCGACGACACUGAGCGUGACAAGAUCAUUCUCAAUGGCUACGAGGUUGCCACUAUGGCCAACAGCACCGUCGACGGUGACUGGACCUCCUGUGUUGGCUGCGCUAUCCUCAGCCGCUCGUUUGAGCGCACGGGUACCACUCUCCCGGAUAUCUGCAACCAGUGCUUCGACCGAUACUGCUGGAACGGCACUGUGAACUCCACCAGACCGCACUCUUAUGAUCCGGCUUAUUACCUGGCUGAUAGUAUGGCCUCAGUGAGUUUGCCCACCAUGCUGUCCACGGUUUUCGCAGCCGGCCUGGCAAUGCUCAUCCUGGUAUAA